GCGCGACGUCGAGCACUGCAUCCAGCUUGUGCCUGACUAUCGUGUUCACCACCAGGCAGUGCAGGCACCCUAUCGACUCUCGAUCCUCGAGGCCACUGAACUCAAGCGCCAACUUGAGGAGCUCCUGAGACAGGGUUUCAUUAAACCCAACAACUCCCCGUGGGGUGCACCCGUCCUCUUUGCUCGCAAAGCGGAUGAAACUCUCCGUCUCUAUCGACUAUCGCGGUCUCAACCACUACACGGUUAAGAACAACUACCCCAUGCCUCGUUCCGACGAGCUGUUCGACCGCCUAGCAAGCAACCGCUUCUUUACGAAGAUUGAUCUUCGUAGCGGUUACCAUCAGAUCCGCGUCGCUGCAGCGGACCAGCCGAAGACAACGUUACGAUCGCGCUUCGGCCACUACAAGUUUACGGUGAUGCUAUUCGGCCUCACCAACGCACCCGCUACCUUCCAGAGGGCAAUGAACGACAUCUUCAGGGACAUCUUGGAGCAGUACGUUCUCGUCUACCUCGACGAUAUCCUGGACUACAGUCAUACCCUUGAGGAGCACCUCAGACACCUCCACGACGUCCUUGACCGCUUGCACAAACCUGGCUUCUAUGCCAAGCUGAGCAAGUGCCGCUUUGCCCGGCACAAAGUGGAUUUCUUAGGACACUACGUGUCUGACCAGGGUCUCCACAUGGACGACAUGAAGAUCACUGCUAUUGCGGAGCGGCCCGUCCCCACAUCCGCCAAGCAACUUCACAGCUUCCUAGGCCUUACCAGCUACUCUAGUAAUUUCAUUCAGGGAUACGCUAGGUAUUCCUACGUCCUUACCUCCACCCUCCUCUGGAAGAACCCGCCAUGGGCUUGGACACCCCUCCUCAAGAAGACGGUGACAUGUGCACCGGUUCUUCACCUACCCGAUUUUGAUCACCCUUUUAUCCUUACCACCGAUGCGUCAGACUUUGUUGUAGGAGUAGUGCUUUCUCAUAUUUUCCCCUCCUCUCGUGAUUCCUCUCAUCCUCAUAUCCCUCGCUUCCCACCCCCUACCCUUACCAGUGCCUCCCGCUUGACGCCUACUCGUCCAGCUACUGCCGAGCCCUCUAUUGACUAUUCUCCUACCAUCGUCGAGGACGGCACUGUCGAGUCUCGCUCAGAUGCCUUAUCCCGGCACCCUGACCACGACCAGGAGCAGAUCCAUCUCUCUUCCAUCUCGGUCACCACCGUCCACCACUCGGUGAUCGACGAGUUUCGCACUCAGUAUCGCCACUGCCCCGACUAUCGCGAUAUCCACGCGACCCUUCGGAGUGGCAAGACCGUCCCGAACUACUCUCUCGGGGACAACGGUCUUCUGUACUGGCACGGUUCACAGGGCACCAGAGAGCCCCGUAUUUGCGUUCCCUCCACUAGACAGCUACGUGUCCGGGCAGUAGCAGAGUUUCAUGACCAGGCAGUCGCCGGUCAUAUGGGCUUCCACAAGACGUUGGCUCGUGUGAGCCGCCUGUACGUCUGGCCGAAGCACAAGGACUUUGUGAAGGACUACGUCGCCGAGUGUCCCACCUGUCAGGAGGUGAACAGUGCAAACCACCUUCCUUAUGGUUUGCUCCAGCCUCUUCUUAUCCCUGAGGGUCGUUGGCAGUCCAUCUCGAUGGACUUUAUCGGUCCUCUUUGUCCUCCGACCCCCCGCGGUCAUGAUGCUAUCCUUGUCGUCGUCGACCGCUUCACGAAACGUGCACGCUUUGUUCCGUGUCGCUAUGCCAUCAGUGCACGUGAGGUCGCCGACAUCGUGUUUGACCGAGUCGUGCGUGACCACGACUUACCUCUGAGCAUCAUAUCUGACCGUGACCCUCGCAUUACCAGCCGAUUCUGGCGAUGCCUCCACGAGGUUUACGACACCCAGCUCCGCUUCUCCUCGUCUUACCAUCCCCAGACUGAUGGUCAGACCGAGGUCACGAACAGGACUCUCGGAGAUAUUCUCCGAAAGAUUGUUUGUGACGACCAGCAGUGGGAUCUCCAUCUCGCCCACGCGGAGAUAGCCUACAACCACGCCGUCUCGCCAGCCACGGGGAUGUCGCCUUACUAUUGCGACCUCGGCUAUCACCCUCGUGUUCCCGCGGACUUCCUUCGACCGUCACAGAUGCACCCCGACACGAGUUGUCCCGCACUGGAUGAUUGGGUUGCACACAUGACAUCGCACAUGAGCACAUAGCCGCUUCCCAGACUCCCAUGGCCGCACGUGCAAACCGAUGGAGGAUGGAUCAUCCAUUCAAAGUCGGUGAUGAUGUGCUUAUCGACGCCCGCCACAGCUCGAAGCGGACACGCUUUGCAAAUUCCGACGUC